UUUCUUGAAUUUUUUUCCUCGCCAUAGUGAGCAGAUCUUUCGAAAUGACUGUUAUUAGCCUGAGGAACAGGUACUGUGGGAGCUUUUAUGUGGCCAACAUGACUUUUGGACUUCCUGAAACCUCUGUAUUGCAGCCCAUUUGGGACUACCUGCACACUAACCAUGAGAGUACGCUGAGGUCACCUCUCUUUCCCGUUCUCCUGUCUGUGUCUACCUACCUCAUCCUGGUGGCGCUGUUCACCGUAGUGGAUGUCCUGGCUCCGUACUGCCCCAGCAUCAAUAGGUAUAAGAUCCACCCAGACAAGCCUGUCACCUGGACGGAUAUUUGGAGGACGCUGGGCCUCACCACCUAUAACCACCUGGUCUACAUCUUCCCAGCAACUGUGGGGCAGUGGCUCUGGAGGCCGCCAAUCCCCUUGCCCAAAGAGGCUCCGACUCUCUCCGAGUUUCUGCUGGGCAUCCUGGGAUGCACCAUCCUCUUUGACUUCCAGUACUACCUGUGGCAUCUCCUCCACCACAAGAUCGGCUGGCUGUACCGGACCUUCCACGCCAUCCACCACCAGUACAACGAGCCCUUCAGCCUGGUCACCCAGUACCUGUCUGCCUGGGAGCUCUUCAGCGUCGGCUUCUGGACCACCCUGGACCCCCUGCUCCUGCAGUGCCACUGCAUGACCACCUGGGGCUUCAUGCUCUUCAACAUAUGGAUCUCCACCGAUGAUCACUGCGGUUACGAUUUCCCCUGGUCCUUGCACAACCUGGUCCCCUUCGGCCUCUGGGGCGGCUCGGUUAAGCACGAUGCCCACCAUCAGAAACCCAACACCAACUUCGCCCCGUUUUUCUCCCACUGGGACUGGCUAGCAGGGACUGGGACGGCUCUCGCCCAAUCAGCCGCUAUGAGAGGAAGGGAGAGCAAAGAAGCUUGACUGUUAUUGGCUUUCUGUUACUAAAACCAUGUCAGACUAAGAUUUGCACUAACUUUCAAAUGCUAAGGUUAAAUGUAACUGUGUUCCCUUAAGUUUGAAGGUUUCUCCAGUGUAUUUUUAUUGCCUAAUGCGAUCUGUCCUUUCUCCUUCGCAAGCUGACGAAUAAUAUUUAUGUGCUCAUUUCACACACUGAUGUUAGACACAGGUGCCCAUGUAAAAACACCGUAUAUGCAGAUUUUUUUGGGAGAGCAAUGUAUGACAGUGACUGUACAGUACUGUUGGAAACACGUGUAAAUAACUGCGCGCGCGCACACACACGCACACACACACACAUCGCAUUUCUAAACGAGGCUGCUUUUGUUUGCUUCUUGCUUCUUCUUGUUGUCUGCAGAUUCCUGCUAAUACUACUUUAAGGUCGUUUGACAUUUUAUGGUUCGUUUGUUCAUUGCUCUUUGUCAGAAACAAUAGCCGGAUACAUGGGCACACACCACAAGCCACUUCCCUGUAACUUAGUGUCUUGACAGCCGUAUCCAAAAAUUUCGAGUUCAGUGUAAUAGCUUGGUAACACCAAAACGCUGCAUAAAAAUGAUCAAAGACAAAAGGGAAGUUUUUUUGUCGGCAUAACACACAGGAAAAGAGCACAGCCGCAAUUACAGCACUAUUAUGCGCGAUAUUAUGUUCUAUGAAUGCGCUGAGGCCGACUACUGGGACCAAGUGAAUGUCUCUGCUGGUUUCUGUUCCCUAAGGCUCGCUGAAAAUAUAGCCAGGAAAUAUGCGUGCUCCAACGUACCGCAUGGCGCCAAUAUUAAUUAAUCAUCGGCCUUUCAUACUCCAUCAGCGGUUGAACCAGCUGAGGGAGGGGAAUUUUCCAGGCUUUCCCACCACAAAAACACCUUUGUAAUCUUUGGAUGAGAGGAAACAAAAGCAGGAAUUCCAGUGGAGAUCCAGUGCUUUUCAGGGAAAUCUUGGCGACUUACCAAGAAAACACCAUCAGUCCUUCCAAACUAGCCAAAUAUCCCAACUCAGAAAAAGGGAGUCUUUACUCACAGCUCUCCUCCACAUCUCUCUAAAAUCUGUCCCGUAGGAGAGUUUGCGGCAGAUUCUUCGGAAAGCGAGAAACGCGCUGCGACGCCUGACGCUGAAAACAACAUUUCGAGAGGCUUUUCCAACUGCCUUUCGAAACUUUAUUAAACCGAAAAGAAGAAAAAAUGCCUCGGAGAAGAAUACCGUCCUCUCCCGGCACCGUUGGGGUCCAGCGAUCAAUGUUCUGUGGAGCUUCAUUCUCCUGCCCCGUACCGCCAUUCUCGCAACCCUUCCACCAACAGCUAUUGUGUGGUGACAAAGGGUUUACUACGCUAACACCUCAGUGUUAGAGUACUGACCAAAGGCUGCAACAUUCUCGCAAUUACCUGCACCUACAAAUGGAGAGACAUAACCAGGCAAUUAACUUUUGGCCAAGCACUUAGGUUCAGCUUUCCUUUCAAAUGAUAUUUUCCUCUUGCUGAUCAUUUAAACCUUGCCCUCCAUUUAUAUCACUCAUUGUUACGCUUUAUGUGGCUUCGAUUUAAUACGCAACAUAGCUGCGCCUCAAUGAUGUCAUGUUGAAAAACAAUACCGCCAUUGUUUAUCUUCCUGUAGGACGGCCUACUUUUCCCACUUGCUCAUCACUGCAAAAACAUUGCAGUUAACGUUUCCAAAUCGGAGGCUACGAAUAUUUGAGAAGCCUACCAAUGGGCUGAAAAGGAAAUCUGGACAAAGCAGAAAAACCGCAAUCUUUUAUUGUAAC